CAAGGCCUACUAGGAAUUGCUUUAUGCAAAUAACCCGGAAGCAGGGCGGAGCCAGAGCCUUCGCCGUCCCAGAAGUCUCCGCGAAGCGCUCUUGGGUGCCUGGAGCCGGCGGCGGGCGGCCGCACGUAGCGUGAGGCGGGCGGAGCGGAAGCCGGUGGGCGCAGGUGUGAUCCAGCCCCAGGGCCUUUGCCCUGGCUACUCCUGCCAGCUGAACCCUCCUCCCUCUGGUGUGCCUCACUCAGGAGCAGUGAGUGUACGUGCACAGUGGGCACGAUGGACCUGGCCUACGUCUGUGAGUGGGAGAAGUGGCCCAAGAGCACCCACUGCCCAUCAGUGCCCCUGGCCUGUGCCUGGUCCUGCCGCAACCUCAUCGCCUUCACCACGGACCUCCGCAGCGAUGACCAGGACCUGACCCGCACGAUUCACAUCCUGGACACAGAGCACCCCUGGGAUGUGCACUCCGUCAGCUCCCAGCACCGCGAGGCCAUCACCUGCCUGGAGUGGGACCAGUCAGGCUCCCGGCUCCUCUCCGCCGAUGCCGACGGGCAGAUCAAGUGCUGGAGCAUGGCGGACCACCUGGCCAACAGCUGGGAGAGCUGCCUGGGCAGCAUGGUGGAGGGGGACCCCAUCGUGGCCCUGUCCUGGCUGCACAAUGGUGUGAAGCUGGCGCUGCACGUGGAGAAGUCAGGUGCCUCUAGCUUUGGUGAGAAGUUCUCCCGCGUCAAGUUCUCGCCGUCACUCACGCUGUUUGGCGGCAAGCCCAUGGAGGGCUGGAUCGCAGUGACCGUCAGCGGCCUGGUCACAGUGUCCCUGCUCAAACCCAGCGGGCAGGUGUUGACGUCCACCGAGAGCCUGUGCCGGCUGCGUGGCCGCGUGGCCCUGGCUGACAUCGCCUUCACGGGCGGCGGCAACAUUGUGGUAGCCACCGCGGAUGGCAGCAGUGCCUCGCCCGUGCAGUUCUACAAGGUGUGCGUGAGCGUGGUCAGCGAGAAGUGCCGCAUUGACACAGAGAUCCUGCCCUCGCUCUUCAUGCGCUGCACCACAGACCUCAGUCGCAAGGACAAGUUCCCCGCCAUCACCCACCUCAAGUUCCUGGCCCGGGACAUGUCCGAGCAGGUGCUCCUGUGUGCGUCCAGCCCGACGAGCAGCCUCGUGGAGUGCUGGUCCUUGCGCAAGGAGGGGCUCCCCGUGAACAACAUCUUUCAGCAGAUCUCUCCCGCUGUUGGUGACAAACAGCCCAUGAUCCUCAAGUGGCGGAUCCUGUCAGCCACCAAUGACCUGGACCGUGUGUCGGCUGUGGCACUGCCCAAGCUGCCCAUCUCUCUCACCAACACUGACCUCAAGGUGGCCAGCGACACCCAGUUCUACCCCGGCCUUGGGCUGGCCUUGGCCUUCCACGACGGCAGCGUCCACAUAGUGCACCGCCUCUCGCUGCAGACCAUGGUGGUCUUCUACAGCUCCGCGACCCCGCGCUCUGUGGACGAGCCGGCCAUCAAGCGCCCUCGCACCACAGGCCCUGCAGUGCACUUCAAGGCCAUGCAGCUCUCCUGGACUUCCCUGGCCCUCGUGGGCAUCGACAACCAUGGGAAGCUAAGCAUGCUGCGCAUCUCGCCCUCCAUGGGCCACGCACUGGAGGUGUCCCUGGCCCUGCGGCACCUGCUGUUCCUGCUGGAGUACUGCAUGGUGACAGGCUACGACUGGUGGGACAUCCUGCUGCACGUGCAGCCCGGCAUGGUGCAGAGCCUGGUGGAGAAGCUGCACGAGGAGUACACACGCCAGAGCGCAGCCCUGCAGCAGGUGCUCUCCACCCGGAUCCUGGCCAUGAAGGCCUCACUCUGCAGGCUCUCGCCGUGUACGGUGACACGCGUGUGCGACUACCACACAAAGCUUUUCCUGAUGGCUGUCAGCUCCACGCUCAAGUCUCUGCUGUGUCCACAUUUCCUCAACACCCCUGAUAAGAGCCCUGGCGACCGGCUAACCGAGAUCUGCGCCAAGAUCACUGACGUCGACAUCGACAAGGUUAUGAUCAACCUCAAGACUGAGGAGUUUGUCCUAGACAUGAACACGUUGCAGGCGCUGCAGCAGCUUCUGCAGUGGGUGGGCGACUUUGUGCUUUAUCUCCUGGCUAGCCUGCCCAACCAGGUAUGUCGAGGUGAGGGGGCUGCGGACGCGGGCGGACCCCACCCCGCCGCGCCCGCGACCCCAAGCCCGGGCUGCGCCGCCCUGGCGAGAGGAGCAGCCCCCGGCCUCCUGGCUGGCUCCUUGGACCGCGCUCCCGGGGCAGGGCGCCCAGAAGCCUGA